GAGGCACGGCCCAUAUGUCCAGGUUUGAUCGUGAUUUGUCGUCCACUCCUGUCAUCUUCCUCGCUUCGCCCCAAAUCCAUUCCCCUCCGCCCCCUUUCCGUUGCCGAACAAACCUUCUGCACCCCGAUCCGGUUCGGUUUAGUUCGCUGGCGUCUCCACCCGAUCGACUCCACUGCAAUAUGCUAUAGCCCGUGGAGCCUGGGGCGUUGGUUGUACGGCAGUAGAUUCCCGCGGGAUCUGCCGGGGCGCCCGGAGCCGGAGAAGGCGACGAUGUCAACCCCUGCAAGGAAGAGGCUGAUGAGGGAUUUCAAACGACUGAUGCAGGAUCCUCCUGCGGGCAUAAGUGGCACACCUCAGGAUAACAAUAUAAUGCUGUGGAAUGCUGUAAUUUUUGGUCCUGAUGAUACUCCCUGGGAUGGUGGUACGUUCAAGCUGACACUUCAGUUUACUGAAGAUUAUCCUAAUAAGCCACCUACAGUGCGGUUUGUUUCUCGAAUGUUUCAUCCCAAUAUUUAUGCAGAUGGAAGCAUAUGUUUAGAUAUUCUCCAAAACCAGUGGAGCCCGAUAUAUGAUGUAGCUGCUAUAUUGACAUCCAUUCAGUCACUGCUUUGCGACCCAAACCCAAAUUCACCUGCCAACUCAGAAGCGGCCCGCCUAUUCAGCGAGAACAAGCGGGAGUACAACCGUAAAGUACGUGAGGUCGUGGAGCAAAGCUGGACUGCAGACUAAAGUCGCUGCAUCCAGUUGUGAUGCCAGCUAAUUGCCCGUUAGCGCCUUGAGUCCUAUGUACUGAACUGCUUGCAAGGUAAUUAAAAUGUUACAUCAUGCUUGUUGUCGUGUAUGUUGUUGGGAGUGACAUUUUUAGACGCUCAGGAUGGAGAUUAUUGUAUCCAGUCUACAUAUAACAUACCAUGCUGCCUUUGAAUCAGAUCGAGCACAAUAUGGAUUUGCUAUAUGUUAGCUCUGUUGUACUGAA